AUGUCACCCCAACCAACAACCCUCGACUUCCACUACGACAUCUCUUGCCCCUUCGCACACAUUGCCUCCCUGCUCAUCCCCGCCCUGCAGACCCGUCACCCAAACCUCCAAAUUGCCUACCGCCCCGUCCUCUUGGGAGCCAUCUACCGCGCCACUGCCGCCCCACAGGGCGCCGCUGGCUCUGCUUCCGACACAUUCAACCCAACUAAGCGCCAUGUCACUUCCAAAGCUUUUGUCCGGACAAAGGCCAGGUUGGGUGUUGUGCAGAAUGAACCGAAGCGCCAUCCGAUGAAGACGACGGGGGCGUUGAGGUUGUUGUAUUGUGUGGGUGAUGGAAAGGAGAGGGUGGUGUUGACGAAGGGGCUGUAUGAUGCUUAUUGGGUUAGGGGGAUGGAUGUUAGUGAUGUUGCGACUCUGAAGACUGUUGUGAGGGAGUGCGGGGAUUUGGCAGAGGGGACGAGGAAUAAGCUGCUGGGGAUGUUGGAGGACGGGAGUUUCGAGGGCGCCAAGCAGAGGAGGGAGCUAGAGGAGACGACGAAUCUGGCGGUGGAGAGGGGGGCGUUUGGUGUGCCGGCGUUCUGGAUUGAGGCAGAGGAGUGGACGGAUAGGAAGACGGGGCAGAAGAAGAAGGGGAGGCUGUAUUGGGGCCAGGAUAGGCUGCAGUUUGUUGAGAAGGCGCUGUUUGCGCUAGAGAGGCGAAGUAGUGUCAGUGGCCUCCCAAGGUUGGAGAGCUUGGUGCCGCGUGCGGUAGCUAUUGGGAAUAGAAAGGUGCCAGACGGACAGGAAGCUAAGAUGGAGUUCUGGUACGAUUUCUCGAGCCCGUGGGCAUUCCUUGGGUGGACGCAGCUUGCGAGGUUGAAGCGAAUAUUUGGGUCACAGCUGAAGAUUGAGAUGAAGCCGUUCUUGUUGGGGAUUCUGUUUCGAGAGAUCGGCGCGCCAAACACUCCCAUGGCAGCGGUUUCAGAAGCGAAACGCAUCUACUCACAGCUCGACCACAGCGACUGGACGAAGUGGUGGAAUGAUGUAAAUCACCAAGAGGGCAGGCCUGACAAGAAUAUCGAUUUCUACUGGGCAGACAUCUUCCCCAUUCGGACGCCCACAGUGCUUCGCGCAGUCCUUGCCGAACCAAAAUUAGUUGAUGUUCUAUUCCGAGCGUGCUGGGAACGCAACAAAGACAUGUCAUCGGAUGAAAUCCUCCGCGAGGUGAUCGCGGAAGCCGGCUACGACGCAGACGCAAUCAUGAAAUCCGCGAACAGCGCAGAGAUUAAGCAAGAUCUUCGAGCGAGGACGAAAGAGGCAAAAGACAUUGGCAUAUGUGGUGUGCCGAGUUACAGGAUCUUCAGGCGGCAGAAAGGCCAAGUAGGGGUUGAUUGGAAGCUGGUCAGCGACAUCAUAUGGGGACAGGACGACAUCGCGGCUGUGGAAGAUUUGAUCUCUGGAUGGGACGGACAGCAGCAGGUUUCGGUGGCGAUCGAAGAAGUUGAGGGGCGCGGCGAGGCGAAGUCUAAGCUAUGA